AUGUCGGCAGCAACAGACACCCCGGCCGUUGCCACGAGCGACAAAGAUGCUUCGGCAGACGAGAUCGCUGCCGCACCCGAGGCGGUCCAGAUGACGGAUGAAGAGGAACUCGGGGCUGCUUCUGACAAGGACCAGAGCGACUCUGGCAAGCUCAAGACGCUUAUGGGCAUCCUCAAGCGCAUGGUUGGCGUCAAAGACAUUGCUGCCAUCCGCAUCUCGCUUCCUGCCAACCUUUUGGAACCCGUUCCCAACCUCGAAUACUGGAAUUACCUCGACCGCGGCGAUUUGUUCACUCUAGUGGCCGACCUCGAUGAUCCGCUCGAUCGCAUGCUCGCCGUGCUCCGCUUCACAUUCACCAAAGAGCUCAAGUAUGUCAAAGGCAAGAUUUGCAAGCCAUACAACUCGAUUCUGGGAGAACAUUUUCGCUGUCACUGGGAUUUUGAACCCGUCAAGUUCAUAGACUCGCAGGUCCUCCCUGUUCAGGCGCUGUCCACCGAUAAACCUGAGCCAUUGCCUCUCGUCGCCAACCAAGCUCGCACACCUACGCUCACAGCCAAAAAGGGCAGUGCUCCUCCCUCGCCUCUGGUCCAAGCACAAGACAACAAGUCGCGACCCACCUCCAUCAAAGGUGUCAGCUUAGACACCUCCAACUCUGCCAGCAUCCCCAAGAAGGGUCUCUCCAAGCUGCUUGGUCGCAAGAAGAGCACCGUCAAAGAAGCUUCCGAGACACAAACGUCGGCCGCUUCUGCCACAUCUGCAGAUGCUAGCGACGAUCUCGACAAUACGCCCACCAGUGACAAUGCCUCGGUCUUUGGCACAAUCUCUCAGCCGGCCAGCAAACAACGUCUCUGCUUCUUGACCGAACAGGUCAGCCACCACCCUCCUGUCUCUUCCUUCUUUUGCGAGGCCAAGGAUGCCGGUGUGCAACUCUACGGUGUCGACCAGCUCGGUGCCAAGUUUACCGGCACCAGCGUCAAGGUAUUCCCCGGCGAGCAGAACCAGGGUAUCUUUUUGCGCCUUACCGAUAAGGCCAAGUGCGGCGCUUCUGGCGAAGAGUACCAGAUCACGCAUCCAAGCGCAUCCAUCAAUGGACUGCUGCGAGGCAGCUUGUGGGUGGCCAUCUGCGAUAAUUUGUACGUCACAUGCCGAGGUGGUAAGAGAGAUAAGCCCGAAGGCGACGAUGGCACACGAUUGCGAGCUGUGAUCGAGUACAAGGACGAAAGCUGGAUCACCAAGGCCAAGUACGCGUUAGAAGGAGUCAUCUAUGCCUAUGGUCCGAACGAUGACCCGGACGAGUACACGAGCGUCAAGCAAGUGCCCCAGGACAAGGUGUUAUUCACAAUUGAAGGAUGCUGGAAGGGUAGGAUCACGUACAAAAAGAAGGGGGACAAGGAGCCACGUCUGCUGCUCAACGUCAACGAUGUCGACCCCAUCUCGAAAUCUGUACGGCCACUAUCAGCGCAGGAAGAUAUGGAGAGCCGAAGGAUCUGGGAGCCUGUCACCCAGGCGAUUUUGGCCAAAAAAUAUAGCGAGGCAACCAAACACAAGCAAGAUAUCGAGCAAAAGCAGAGGAACGCAGCUGCCGAGCGUAAGAGGAAAAACGAGACUUUCAUUCCGCGCUUCUUUGAUGCCGACAUCUCGGAUGGACGACCAAAGCUCACCGAGGAAGGCAGAAAGGCUCUCAAUGGUGAAUACGGAUUGGUGGGCUACGAAGGUGCAUCCACGGAGAAAGUCGAUGACGUCGCUCACAAUGAUGUUGACGAAGAUGAGUUCCAGGAUGCCGAGAAUUAA